AUGCUCCAAGUGCAUCCCAUGCCGAUGCCGGCUGGAUACCAUCACGGCCCUGCUGUUGCGGCGCAGGCCUACAUGCCGGUUAUGGUGCCCCAUCCGGUGGUGCCUCACCCUGUGGUGAUGCGCCCAGCACCGCAGCCCCAGCCACAGCCCCAGCAGCCCCAGCCCCAUCCCGCUGUUGCCGCACCAAUGGUCGCCGUGCAGGUCCAGAGAUCCGUCUGCCAAUCACCAGGGGCACAGACGACCCUCUUUGGUCAUCGGAAGAAUGGUGCCUGGGAGGGAUGCUACAGCCUGGUCAAGACACUGGGGAAAGGGUGCUUCGGCACCGUCCACCUGGUGAAGCCCAGGGAUGGUGGAGAGGAGCGCGUGGUGAAGGAGGUGCCUUUCAAGCCCAACAUGCCACGAGAGUCAGUUCUUCGGGAGAUUGAGAAUAUGAAGGCCAUGGACCACCCGCAUGUGCUCAAGGUCUUCGAGUAUUACGAGUCUGUCGGCAAGAUCUGCAUGAUCCUCGAAGCAUGCAAGGGUGGCGAGCUCCAGGACCUCAUCGCUGCGCACGCGCGGAGUGGCCUCGCCCUGCCUGAGCGAUUUAUCUCGGAGGUGAUGGGCCAGUCUCUUGAAGCCAUCUCAUACUGCCACAGCAAGAACUUGAUCCACAAGGACCUCAAGGCGGAGAACAUCAUGCUGCUGCAUCAGGUCGACAUUGCGGCAGGCGAUCGCCCGCACUGCAUCAUCAUCGACCUUGGCCUGGCUGAGAUGUUCCAGCCAAAUCUUCCCAGAGGGAAGAUCUACGGUGGCACGAAGACCACCAUGGCACCAGAGGUGAUGUUUAGCAACUUCGGGCCGAAAUGUGAUGUCUACUCUCUCGGAUGCAUCCUUUUCCAGCUCCUCAGCGGCCAGCUUCCGUGUGACCCCAACCACCCGGAGAUGCAGCGCCGGCUGCAGGGUUGCCGCAGCAAAGCCCAGGAGCGUGGCAUCUUCCUUCAGGCGAAGCUGCAAGGCCCCGACUGGCGCCUCAUUGCAAAGGCGUCCGCAGACUCGCAGGAGCUUGUUCGGCGGAUGAUGGCACCACAGGAGACAAUGAGACCGAGCUGCGACGAAGCGCUGAGCCACAGGUGGUUCCAAUUUGCACGCGGCUCCUCUGCCGUGAUCCCGGCGGAGCAGCUGCAGGCCCUGGCCAGAUACCGCCAGCAUAGUGCCUUCCAGCGGGCCCUGAUGGCAAAGGUAGCAACGAAGAUGUCGACUGCGCAGACAGCGGACCUGGUGGCGGAGUUCAAGGACCUUAGUCGAUCCAGCUGUGGCGGUUUGCGCACGUCAGACUUGUUGACCUCCUUUCAGUCUCUGGGCCUUACACCGCGGGAUGCGGAGACGGCGGUGAAAGCGCUGGACGUCGACGGCAACGGGUGCGUGGAAUUCUCGGAGUUCGUGGCUGCCUGUAUCGCGACGUCGGGCGAAUGGCAAAAGAAGGCAGUGAAGGUCGCCUGGCACGAGUUCGACACAGUGGGCAAAGGCUGGGUGGAGAACUCGGACAUGAUAAGGAUGCUAUGUUUGAGUGGCCUGGUCACUGCAAACGCCGAUGCGGAUGCUCUGGUGCGGGCCAUGGACAGCAAAGGUCUCGGCCGCGUCGCCUACGGAGACUUCGAAGCGUACUUGGAGCAUGAGCUUCAACUCGUGGACAAGGCCGAAUCCGCGCUUUCUGAAGUUGGACAAGUGCCAGCCAGCCUGGCUGCGUGCGGCGCGGUCAAGUGUCGUGGUGAAGAAGGGGCCUCGAAGCUGACUUUGUCCCACCGCCGCGGCGUCACGCGGAGCUGA